UUAGAAGGGGCGGGGGGGGGGGGCUGGCUUGGCGUGCACUCCAGACCUCGGGAACGUUAUUGUGCGUGGAACGGCUGAUUUUGGAAGACUAUUGCCCAGAAGAAAAGAUGUUUGGUUUUCACAAGCCAAAGAUGUACCGAAGUAUAGAGGGCUGCUGUAUUUGCAGAGCUAAGUCCUCCAGUUCUCGAUUCACUGACAGUAAACGCUAUGAAAAGGACUUCCAGAGCUGUUUUGGGUUGCAUGAGACUCGUUCAGGAGACAUCUGUAAUGCCUGUGUCCUGCUUGUGAAAAGAUGGAAGAAAUUGCCAGCAGGAUCAAAAAAAAAAAACUGGAAUCAUGUGGUAGAUGCAAGGGCAGGACCCAGUCUGAAGACAACAUUGAAACCAAAGAAAGUGAAAACUUUAUCUGGAAACAGGAUAAAAAGCAACCAGAUCAGUAAACUACAGAAGGAAUUCAAACGUCACAAUUCUGAUGCUCACAGUACCACCUCGAGUGCCUCCCCAGCUCAGUCUCCUUGUUAUAGUAACCAGUCAGAUGAUGGCUCAGAUACAGAGAUGGCUUCUGGCUCUAACAGAACGCCAGUUUUUUCCUUUUUAGAUCUCACGUACUGGAAAAGACAGAAAAUAUGUUGUGGGAUUAUCUAUAAAGGCCGUUUUGGAGAAGUUCUCAUUGACACACAUCUAUUCAAGCCUUGCUGCAGCAAUAAGAAAGCAGCUGCUGAGAAGCCGGAGGAGCAGGGACCAGAGCCUCUGCCCAUCUCCACUCAGGAGUGGUGACUGAGGUUUAGGUAGAAGUGGAACAAAAAAACGAUUUAAAUUUUGGAAAGAAAACAAAGCAACAAAACCCUCCUAUUUUUAACUUGGAUACCUGCUAUUCUGCCAAAAGACACUUUCUAGAAUAGUUUUGAAUGGGUUGUUAUUUCUCCUCCAGUUCCACAAACUCUGAAGCCAGUGUCUAGCUUACUAAAAGAAAAAAAGUGUACAUAAUAUUUAAGAUGCUGAGUAUUUCAUAGGAAAGCUGAAUGCUGCUGUAAAGUGCUCUUUAAGUCUUUUUUUUUUUUUAAUCCCCUUCUAAUGAAUGAAUCUAGGGGAAUUUCAGGGGACAGAGAUGGGAUUUGUUGUAUGAUAAACGUAUGUAGUUUUAGUCUUUCUAUAUUGAGAAGCAGUGGUUGGGGCAUUUUUAAGAUGGCUGGCUAUACUUGUUUUCCUUCAUGAUAAUAAAUUUGUCAUAACUCAGUAACGUGGACUUGCCCCAAGAGGUAGUUGUUAAUAAUUUAAGGUCUUGCCAAGGUUCUGAUGAUUCAAACCUGUACUACUGAAUAUUAAGCAGGACAGACUAAGCUCUCUGGUGCAAAUGCCUUGAAGGAGUAGUUUCUAAACAUACAGAGAGGUAACUUGAGUGUAUAUGUUGCAUCCUCUGUCACCUCCCUCCAUAUUCAUUUUUGAUAAAGAUUUUAAUCUAUAUUGAAACUUCUAAAGCAGAAUCAAAGCUCCUCUGGGGAAAUGUCAAGUUUUAGGAUGAGCAAUCCUAAAUGAAGAGAACCAAAGCAUUACCGCAUGGUAGAGAUCACAUUCUAUUAAAAAUGUUAAAUUAUCUUUAAAAAUGUACAAGUCUUCAGGAUGGCACACACAAAAAAACAAAGGUUAAUGCUUCUUGGGGCACAUUUCUUAGAGGGCUUGCUUAGUGUGUAAAUAAUUGACUUUUGUUUGUGUUACAUGACUGGUGACUUCAUUGAAAAUCUGCGCAAUUCAGUUUUAGCUCUGGAUUACUUCAGUUGACCUUUGUGAAGGUUUUGUCUGUGUAGAGUGGUUGUUUGACUGGUUUUAACCUAUUAGGGUUUGGGUUUUUUCUUUUUUGUUUUUUUUC